UGUUGCAAGAACAUGGCCUGGUUCACAGCUCUCUACAGUGUCACCGGGCUAGUGAUGGCUGCACUCAGUAGUUACAUCAGUUCACAGAUUACGUCAUUGGAGAAACAUUUCAACAUGAACAGUUCCGUCAGUGGGUUCCUUAUGGCUUGCGAUGAUCUGGGCUAUUUCUCCGCCACCUUACUUGUCAGCUACUACACGAGACGAGUGCACAUACCGCGAGUACUCUCCAUCUGCAGCAUAUUUUACGGUGUCUCUGGCAUUCUCUGUGCCGUGGCCUUCUUUGGUACUAGAGACCAAAUUCCUAAUUUUCUGCAAAGUAUCUUAUCAAAAUUCAGCCAGACAGACAACCUGUGUAUAUUUUGUCUUUGUCUUCCAGGUGGGAAUACUAUUAUGUCUACUGCUCAGACAGGUUUUACCCAGAUGUGUGAGAACUUCAGCACACCUGCCAAUCUCACCUGUACAGCCGAAUCUAACAGAUUAAAGGGCAUUCUCCAAAUAACAGAAGACUGGAGAAUAGCCGCCAUUUGUAUUAUUGCCAUUGGUAUGAUCCUGCAGGGUGUCACCAAAUCUCCACGGCAAACUUUUCUCAGCAUCUACGUCGACGACAACGUCCCCAGAACAAAGACGUCACUUUAUCUUGGAAUCACGACAGGGAUGUCUAUCUUUGGACCUGGAAUUGCCUUUGCACUUGGAGGAGUGUUUAGCAGUAUAUACGUCACACUAGAAGAAACAAGCAUGUCACCAAGUGACCCAAGAUGGCUCGGUGCCUGGUGGUUGGGCUUUCUUGUCUUCGGGGGAGCUGCUCUGAUCUGUCAUAUGAUAUGUUUAUUUCUAUCAGACCUGCUCAAAUCCGUGCUUCGCCUGGCUAUUAACCCAGUUUACAUGUGUCUGACGUUUGCCACCGCUUUCUCAAUACUGAUGGUGAGUGGGAUCAUGUCUUUCCUUCCCAAGUAUCUGGAAACGCAGUUCACAAUUCCGGCAUCCAAAGCUAACCUUUUGAUAGGUGGUGUGACGUUCACAUCAGCACCUCUGGGGACCAUCGUUGGGGGGUACGUGACUUCCAGGUUCAAGAUGUCACCAAAGACAUGCCUCAAGUUUGUCCUCAUCACUAAGUUCAUCGAUGUUGCCGUUUCUUGUCUUGGGUUUAUCCUCGGUUGUGACCAGCCCAGGUUCUACACUGGAGCACACACUGGCAGCCCCGGUCACCAGAACACGUCCCAGUGUCUACAUGACUGUCAUUGUGACGACCAGAAAUACUUCCCUGUUUGUGGAAGUGACGGAAAUACUUACUUCUCACCUUGCAAUGCUGGCUGUCUGACUAUGAAUAAUCAG